AGUCACAAUUAGAUUCACGAAAGGUGUACACACAGCGUUGCUCCUGAGACUCACCCAGCAUGUGUGACGACGAGGAUACGACGGCUCUGGUCUGCGACAAUGGCUCCGGCAUGGUCAAGGGAGGCUUCGCCGGUGACGAUGCUCCCCGUUGUGUAUUCCCCUCCAUAGUUGGCCGCGCCCGUCACCAGGGUGUGAUGGUCGGUAUGGGUCAGAAGGACGCCUACGUCGGUGACGAGGCCCAGAGCAAGCGAGGUAUCCUGACUCUCAAGUACCCCAUCGAGCACGGCAUCAUCACCAACUGGGACGACAUGGAGAAGGUCUGGCAUCACACCUUCUACAAUGAACUCCGAGUUGCUCCUGAGGAGUCCCCAACACUGCUGACUGAGGCUCCCCUCAAUCCCAAAUCAAAUCGAGAGAAGAUGACACAAAUCAUGUUCGAAACAUUUAACAUGCCAGCCAUGUACGUGGCCAUCCAGGCCGUGCUGUCCCUGUACGCCUCUGGUCGUACUACUGGUCUAGUGUGUGACUCAGGAGACGGCGUGACACAUAAUGUUCCCGUGUAUGAAGGUUAUGCUCUUCCUCACGCAAUUCUUCGUCUAGACUUGGCUGGUCGCGAUCUGACUUUGUACCUUAUGAAAAUCAUGACGGAGCGUGGGUAUUCAUUCACUACAACAGCUGAACGCGAAAUUGUUCGAGACAUCAAGGAAAAACUCUGCUACAUCGCUCUUGACUUUGAGAAUGAAAUGAACGUCGCCGGAGCUUCCACGACCCUUGACAAAUCUUACGAGCUUCCCGACGGUCAGGUCAUCACCAUCGGCAACGAGCGUUUCCGUGCUCCUGAGGCUCUCUUCCAGCCUUCCUUCCUGGGUAUGGAAUCCGUAGGUGUUCAUGAAAGUGUUUAUAGUUCUAUUAUGAGGUGUGACAUUGACAUUAGGAAAGAUCUUUUUGCCAACACUGUUUUGUCUGGUGGUACCACCAUGUACCCUGGUAUUGCUGACCGCAUGCAGAAAGAAAUCACUGCUCUGGCUCCUGCUACAAUCAAGAUUAAGAUCAUUGCUCCUCCCGAGCGUAAGUACUCCGUCUGGAUCGGUGGCUCCAUCCUAUCAUCACUUUCUACCUUCCAAGCCAUGUGGGUGACCAAGGAAGAGUAUGAUGAGUCCGGUCCCGGCAUUGUCCAUCGCAAAUGUUUCUAACCGUUAAGUUACAUUAUCAUAUGUCAACGUUGGGUAUAUUUACCGAAGAUGCUGUGUAAACAAUAAAUCAGAUUCUUUUAAAAA